AUGCCUGUCCUAGAGAAAAACAUGCAGAAGAAAGAGAAAGAUACAUGUGAUAAAGAUGAGACAGCAUUGCCAAAGCUCCCAGUCCCACCACUGCAACAGACCUUACACAUGUACCUGCAGUGCAUGAAACACUUGGUGCCAGAAGAGCAAUUUAGAAAGACUAAGGCCAUUGUGGAGCAGUUUGGAAUUGCAGGAGGUGUGGGGGAAUCUUUGCAGCACAUCCUCGAGGAAAAAAGGGAAAAGACUACCAACUGGGUGUUUAACUACUGGCUGGAUGACAUGUACCUCAACAACCGCCUGGCUCUUCCAGUGAAUUCCAGCCCAGCAAUUAUCUUUGCUCGACAGUCUUUCAAGGAUGUGAAUGACCAGCUGAGGUUUGCUGCCAAUCUCAUUUCAGGAGUGCAAGACUAUAAAGCUUUACUGGACACCCAUGCUUUACCUGUUGAUUUUGCUCGUGGACAGCUGUCUGGUCAUCCUCUCUGUAUGAAGCAAUACUAUGGACUCUUUUCUUCCUAUCGUCUUCCAGGACAUACCAAAGACACCCUCGUGGCCCAGAAAAGCAGUGUAAUGCCAGAACCAGAGCACAUCAUUGUUGCUUGUAACAAUCAGUUUUUUGUUUUGGAUGUGGUCAUUAAUUUCCGUCGUCUCAGUGAGGGAGAUCUUUUCACUCAGUUACGAAAGAUAGCCAAGAUGGCAGAGAAUGAAGAGGAGAUGCUGCCUCCAAUUGGCCUGCUGACAACAGAUGGAAGAACAGAGUGGGCAGAGGCCAGGACGAUCCUUAUGAAAGACUCUACCAACCGUGACUCCCUGGACAUGAUCGAGCGGUGCAUCUGCCUGGUGUGCCUGGACAGCCCGAGUGGAGUGGAACUCAGUGACACAAAGAUGGCACUGCAGCUGCUGCACGGUGGAGGCUACCAUAAAAAUGGGGCCAAUCGUUGGUAUGACAAACCUAUGCAGUUUGUGGUAGGAAGAGACGGGAUCUGUGGCACUGUGUGUGAACAUUCCCCUUUCGAUGGCAUCGUACUGGUGCAGUGCACUGAACAUUUGCUCAAGCACAUGAAAGAAAGCUCCAAGAAAUUAGUUCGAGCUGAUUCAGUGAGCGAGCUUCCUGCUCCACGGAGAUUAAGAUGGAAAUGUUCCCCUGAAAUUCAGACACAUUUGGCAUCAGCAGCAGAAAAACUCCAAAGGAUAGUAACAAACCUGGACUUCAUUGCCUACAAGUUUGAGCACUAUGGAAAGGAAUUUAUUAAGAAACAAAAGAUAAGUCCAGAUGCCUACAUUCAGGUAGCACUUCAGCUGGCAUUUUACAGAUGUCACAGGAGGCUGGUCCCUACCUAUGAAAGUGCUUCCAUACGCCGCUUUGAUGAGGGCAGAGUUGACAAUAUUAGGUCUGCCACCUCAGAAGCAUUUGCUUUUGCAAAAGCAAUGACUGAUGUCAAGACAGGUCUAUCGGAUUCUGAGAAGAUGCAGAGAUUUAAGGAUGCAAUUGGAGCUCAGACUAAUUAUACUAUUCUGGCUAUUACUGGCAUGGCAAUAGACAAUCACCUGCUAGGACUCAGAGAGGUGGCACGGGAACACUUCAAGGAACUGCCAGAGAUAUUCACAGAUGAGACAUAUUUGACGAGCAAUCGGUUUAUCCUCUCGACCAGCCAGGUUCCAACCACUAUGGAAAUGUUCUGCUGCUAUGGGCCAGUGGUGCCCAAUGGGUAUGGGGCGUGCUAUAACCCUCAGCCAGAGCAUAUAUUAUUCUGCAUCUCAAGCUUCAAAGACUGUAAAGAAACCUCCUCAGACCUGUUUGCAAGAGCUGUGGAAGAAAGUCUCCUAGAAAUGAGAGAUCUGUGCACCAGAUGCAGUUCUGCUAUGGUGAAGCUACCUGCUGACCAAGAAGCAGCCACACAGCUGCAGAGAGACCACAAACUCUGAGGAGCUGUGAGAAUUCCUCACCUGAAUCCACCCUCAUGGAGAAACAAUUCCAUAGCUGAUCAAAGGUGAGGUAGUACUAGUAACUUAUUAGUGUAGAACCAAAAUGUCAUUUGUUUUACAUUGUUGGAAACAUUUAAAACCCUACAUGCACUAAAUCUACCCUUUCUUGCUUGAGAGUAAGCAAAAAAAAGGUUUGGUCUCACCUGCUGGAAUGAAGUAAUACAAGUAUUUGUGAACUACUGUUUCUAACCAUAAGCAGCCUAGGCUGUUUUAUUACCUAAAAAAUUGAGUUUGU